UGGUUGUUGCUUUUCAAACUACAGAUUGUUAUUAAUCUCCGACCUUUAAACACUAUGCUUCGUUUGUCUGUGCAACAGAAACCUACUUUUACGCCAAAUGGGUGGUAUACAGAUUUGGUGCAGGGGGCGCAGUCGUGGUUGGAUAAUUUCAAAGCACCUUCACGUCCCGCACAGACAUUAAUCGCCUUAGCUAACCCUGUGGUCCUGGAAUUUGUUAGGGCCAAUUCUUUCGAUGUUUCGCCCCCUUACCCACCACUUCUGUCUAUCUUGCGUUUCAAUGACUGGGCAGACCUUAUUUGGGCAGCUUCGUAUGAUGCAACUUCUUUCCCACAGGUUACUAGGGAUUUCGUGGAAAGGGCAAAGGAUAUGGUCGAUGGGGACAUCCUGACCCAUGUCUCUAUAGUGGACGAAUUAGCCUUAAAGGAGAAGGUCUUUGUUGAUCUUUGGGGGGCUAAAUCAGCCUUCCACGAUGGAUUGGUAACUGUUCCAGUCACGGAAUCCUAUGAGUCUGACUCUGAUUGUGAUGGGCUGGACCUCGCCGAAGAGGAAAAGCGCUUCCAUGCUGCAGAAUUGGCAAAAACCCAGCAGGGCCUUAGUAGUGGUAUAGCUAAGGAUAAGCGUAAAUCGGUUUCCAAGUACAUGAGGAAUGUUUUUCUCCCAUUAGCUCCGAGUAGGUGGAUUGAAUCGGAAUCGGCGGGACUCAACGACAAGGUCUGGGAACUUGAGACCAUCAACCACUCUGCUCCCAUUAGCAUUAGGGCAUAUCAGCUCCUUGCUUCCAUCACGGAGGCUGAAAUGGAUUUUUGUUUGGAAAAGGCGUUGAACGAGGAUACGGAGCUCAUCAAGGGCCCGUAUCCGUUUGGUCCUGAUGCUAUGGACUUACCAUCGGUAGGGCAGUUUGAUCGUUCUAAAUGUUCGGUGUCUGGCUCGCAGCUGCAAAUCAGGAGCUUUUGUGCUGCAAGGAGCCCUGACGUUAUCUCUGAACUUAAGAGAAUUUGGAAUGUCGGGCGUCCCUUCCUCAAGUGCAGAUGCAUUGAAGAAGGGAAGGAGGAUUGCAAAACCACUAUCACGUGGUUCGACCACAUCUUGUGGUAUUUGCUUGCCAAUAUUGAUUUUUUAUAUUCUGCUGCUCCCUCGCUCAGAGCCAGGAUCAGGGUCUUGAGGAACCUUCUCAAGAAAAAAUGGAGAGCCCCCGUCCUCGCAUCCAUCGUGUUUUCGCACAUGAGACGUAUCAUGGCUCAAAUGGCUGAGAAUGUGAUCAGUAACCCGUGUAGAAGGCAGGGUACGAUCCAUGAUGUUCCUGCGAUUAUGGCUAGAAAGUUUCCGCGGAAAAUGGCAGUACUAAUCCUUCCGGAUAAGUACAUCAAGAGCCCUGCAAGGAAACGAAAGGUGCAGGAGACGGACAAGCGGCCGACGAAGAGACAAAGUAACACGUUGCUCUCGUACUAUGUCAGACCCUCCGGUAUGGGCGCGCAACAGGAUCAGGGACUUGGUGGUGGCCAGCAGGUGGCUGACCUUGCUUCUCCGAACAUGAGCUCGGAUGAUAUCGCCAUACAAGACACUCCUCAGAGCUCGGUUGUCACUGUUCAAUCUGAGCAUGUCAACUCGGUUGUUGGCAAGCAGUUGAGAAGGAAUCCCAGGAAUUGAGCGGUCAGGGCUUCUCUUUUCAAAUAGUAUCCUAUUUAACCUUGCUUGUGCCUCGCUU